UCUGUGCUUGUACAUACAGAAACAGACGCGCGAAGAAGUCUUGGGGGGGGUCCUGUUUCAUGCGUUUCUGGGAUACUGGAGGACUGACUGUGCUGUGAAUGUCAUGGCGACCAACAGCGAGCAACUUUCUCGUGGUUUCGUAACUGAAACCAAUCAAGAAGUCAACAACACAGAGUGAAAACUGAGGGUCAACGCAUUUUCAUCUGAUUUACAGAGAAAAGGCAACAGAAAUUGUCACCAAAACUAGGAUUGGGAAUCAGUUAAACCACUUUUUGAAAUGGAGUGUGCAGUGAAUACCGGUCCUGAUGAUGAGCCCUCUGAGACUGCUGUUCCCUAUGAAGUCAUUAAUGUUAAGGAUGGGAGUGAGACCCCCAAGAAGAAAAACAAGAAACAUAAGAAACACAAAAGUAAGAAGAAACGUAAGAAGCGUAAGGGCGAAAAAGACAGUAGCUCCGAAUCUGGAGUUGAGUCAGAUGGCGAUUCCCGAACAAGAACAAGUGUUAAAAAAGAUGGUUCAUCUAACCCUGAGACUGAUGCCACAAAAAACUGUACAGAAGACCUCAGUGACGUGGAAGCUGAUUCCAAGGUUAAAAAGCAAAAACAUCGUGUUGGGAAAAAGAAGAAAAAAAGAAGGCGGAAAGAGGAGGAAAAGGAAAAGCAAGAGAAAAAGUCCUCCUCUCGCUCAAGAUCGGGGAGUAGCUCAGUGUCAGGGUCAGAAUCGGAAUUGGACUCCAAACAAUCACAAAAAUUGCAGGUGGAGUCUUUAAAGUUGGACAGGAAGUCACCUAUCACGGCAGCUAAAGUUCCAAAAGACAAAUUUAAAGAUGGCACACCCCAACUGGAAGAUAAAAAGAGAGAUAUGACUUCUGAUCACAGUGAAGAAGAAAGUUUCAAACUAGGAGGGAGAAGAAAGAUGUCUCCUGAGCCUGCACAUGCACUAAUUGCAGAGAGGGACGUAAAAGUGGAAGCUGUUGGUGAACAAAGUUUUGUUAAAGCUCAAGAACUUCCUGAUAUUAUCCCUAAGCUGGAGAAUGUGCACAAAGAGCAAGUUGUGCAGAAGGACAUCUUAAAGGAAGCAAAUGGGAGUCAGAAAGAAAAGAAAAAAAUGUCCCUCUCCAGGUCAAGGUCAAGAUCACCUUCAGACACUAAAGGGAAAAAAUCCAAACAUAGUCGCUCCAGAACCCCAAAGCAGUCAACGGGUAAAUCAGGACGUCAUAAUGACAGAUCAUCUUCAAGGGACAGGUCUGUGUCUGCCUCUGGUGGGAAGGAUCGAACAAAACGAAGAAGCUCAAGGUCUCCAUCAGGACGGUCACCGUCAAAAGUAACAAAGAAAGCUGGACGCAGGUCAAGGUCGCUCUCUGGAAGAAGAGGGUUUCGCUCUGACUCGAGGUCUCGCACAAAGACCAGAAGAUCCAGGACCAGGUCCCCACGACGUGGUCAUCGCUCAAGAUCUAGGUCAGCUGGAAGACCAAUACGUUCACGCUCAAGAUCAAAACAAUCUGUUUCUCGGCGGAAGAAUCGGCGCUCGAGAUCGCGGUCCAGAUCUGUACGGAGAGGAAGACACUCAAGGUCUCGCUCUCGAAAGAGGACACCUGUUUCUCGGACGAGGCGGUCCAGGUCUAGAUCUGUCAGAAAAACAAGGCGAGCACGCUCAAGAUCCGUUGUGGUCCUUAGACGAUCUAGAUCACGCUUGAGAAGAAACAGAAGAUCCAGAUCAAGAUCCGGUCGUAGAAGAUCAGGUUCAAGAAGCCCAAGGCGUAGAACUAAGUCUCGGUCCCCUCAGCGCUCCAGGCCCUCUGAGUCACGUUCUCCUGCAGUCCGUCAAAGGAGGUCAAAAUCUAGGAGCCCUCGUAGCACAAAGUCAGAAUCGGUAUCUCCUCAGCGACAUAAAAGAUCAAAGUCACGGUCAUCCUCACAUAAUUCAAAGUCUGAAUCCCCAAAAUUGAGAAUGACUAAAAAGCAAAAAGGUAAACGGUCAAGGUCAGUUUCUCAGAGAAAGACAUCAAGAUCUAGAUCCAUUUCCAGGGAGCGACAAUCAUCAGAUAGAAGUAUGUCCCCUACUAAGAGAGCACACUCUAAAUCUCCCACUAAAGAAGAUGAGUCCUUAAAGGAUCAGAGUUUAAAAGAAACCUCAGAGACUAGACUGGAGGUUUUGGAUGCUGUGGAGGAAAAUUUGGAAGUAAAAGGGACAGCAGGGUCAAGUGGAUGGAUACCAGUGACUACUGAAUGUACAUCUGUGCAAAAGCCAUCAAAUGAAGAUGUAACAUCAUUAGAAUGUGACGCACAAUGUAAAAAAAUCGAGGAACCCGAAAAUCCCUCUGAAUGUGAAGGAAGACCAAACCGAUCCAGAUCAUUGUCUUCAGAGCCAGUUCCUCAACACGGUACUGCAGGGUCAGAUGAAGAUGAUCGAUCAGGGAGCUCACGAUCACCUUCACCAAAUACAGUAAAAGAAUCAAAGUCCUCCAACAGAACAUCUCCUGUUCGAAGAAAGCGCUCCAGAUCAGCUUCUUCCACCAAGAAGAGGCGGUCCAAGUCGAAGUCUGUCAGCAGCAAGAGGAGGUCAAGGUCUCCUGCCAGAAAACGCAAGUCCAGGUCUCCCUCACAUAGUCGUAAAAAAAGGACAAAGUCUCGGUCGCCUGUUCGGAAAAGGAGAUCACGAUCGAGAUCAGCCAAUCGAAGGGCAAAAUCAAGGUCUAAAUCUCACACAAGGACAAAGCGCUCAAAAUCAAAAUCCCCCAAGCGGAAACGGUCAAAGUCUAGAUCACCAGCCCGAAAAAGGAGAUCCAAGUCGCGUUCCCCUGCUAGAAAGAGAAGAUCUCGUUCACGGUCAAGGGCCCGUCAGUCACGAUCCAGAAGGUCACGAUCUGUCUCACGCCGGAGGAGACCAGCAUUUCGAGGGCGAUCUUUUGAUAGACGAGAUCGGUGGAAACGUGAACCAAGCCAUUCCCCAAUUUUGAUUCUCCGUAAGAGGAGGUCUACCUCAAGAUCUCGACGCAGUUCUAGCAAGACGCCACCGCGUCUCACUGACCUAGAUAAAGAUCAACUGUUGGAGAUUGCGAAGGCAAAUGCUGCUGCAAUGUGUGCUAAAGCUGGAAUGCCCAUACCUGAAAGUCUCAAGCCGAAGGCAAUUCUGCAGCUACCCCUGCCAACCCCAGCUCCAGCACCCUUGUCUUUGCCUCUGCCACUGCCCGUGCCCAAUUUACCUAUGAAUCUGCCCAUGGGUAUACCAGGUAUGCCUGCAAUGCCAAACAUGACGAUGAACGCUGCCGUGGCAAGUAUGACUGCGGCAACCAUGACCGCUGCUCUCUCAAACAUGGGUGCCCUGGCCGCUAUGCCCCCGAUGCCUCCCCUUCCUACAAUUACAAACAAGCCUCCUCCAGCACCCACGCCUAAUCUCGCAAGUAUUGAGGAGGUGAAGAGAAAAGUGGCUCAACAAGCUAACAGCAUUAGCAUCAAGGAGUUCACAGAGAAAUGUAAACAGAUUGCAGAGAGUAAGGAGGAGAUGAGUAUUGCACGACCACAUGUUUCAGACGACGAAGAUGAUGAGACACGGUAACCCACUGUCCUUCUACUGCAUCUCGUAUACAAUCCCGAUGAUAGACACCUGUGGCCCGCAUUUGGGAUAAAGGAUGAAUUCUGCCAGAGGCCUGUUUUUGUCGUGUAAAUGAAGCUUUCAUUUACUCACAGGAGUUGGACGUUUGAGCAUUUGGACACUUGAAGCUACAUUGAUUUCAGUGGUUUAUUUCAACAGUUAUCUUUAAUUUGUCAGUUGUUGGAACAACUGCAAGCUACAGGAACCUUUUUUACCAUAGACUACCAGAUUAGACCAUUCAAUAUGUCUACCUGCCCAGACUGACGGUGAAACGUUUCGCUUUCAGGCUUGUUUUUACCUUCACUACAUAUGGUGCCUCUUGAUACCAUUAAGAAGGACCUCUGGUAGAUUUAACUCAGAUUUAUAGGUGUAAGGGGGGAAGGGGGUGUUGAUUUUGGGGUGCAGCUCACAUGUCAGGUCUGUUGGUCCAUACUUAACAUAGAGACGUGAUCGUUUUAGGAGUAUUUUGUUUUUCUUGUCUUUUAAAAUUCAUUAAGUGUUAAUCACUUGUUUAAAUACAUAGAUGAAGAUAAUUGUUUUUUUUUUUUGUUUUUUUUUUUGGUUCCUUAACACUUUUGUGAACUUUUAAAGCAAAUUAAAUGUUAGGGUUCAGAGUUGUGGCUGUACUUGAGUGCUAUAUUAAUGGAUGAUAUUUGCAUUGUAAGGGUUCUGACCACAAACUUUCUUUUAGUUACAUCGGUUGAACCUUGCUGUGCUGCUUUCUGUGGACUGACGUUGUGGUUUGGCUUUAUCUAAAAGAAUUUUCACAGAGAAUGACACUCAUUGAUGAGUUUUUUUUUUUUUUUUUUUUUCUUCCUUCAUUUUUAGUCUGUCAUACAGUGCAUCCUUGUAAACAACAGUUCAUGAUGCAGUUGUGUGGUAAACAAUGCUGUUUUUAUCUUUGUGACUGAAAUAUUUGACCCAGCAGAGCUGCAGGGUGGGAUGCUGUAUUUUCAGUAGUAAGAACAUCACCAUCACCAUUCUAGAUGGGGGUGAUUAAAAUGCGUAUGAUUUACAUAAGAUUAUUGUUUAGACAUGUACUGUAAGAUGUACUGUAUACUGUGUAGGUGUUUUGUCAGUUUUGUUUUUACCUCUCUCCCCUCCACUGUUUUUUACUAUGGUGGAGAUCAUUUCCCCAAUUUAUCUAAGAAAUGUGAUGAUGGCACAGAUCCUACUAAUACACUUAGAAAAUGUUUUACUCUUAAGGUAGACACAUAAAGGUUAACAGUAUUUUCAACAUGAAGGGAUGAUCCACACUAUGUUAGCUUUAGAUUUGGCACUGUAUUGUUGUCCACAGAUAAGAAGUGAUAACUUUUGUCCAGAGCUUCUUUCACCUUGGAUAGAUGAUAUAGUGAUUAUCGAUUUAAGUUUAAAAUUCAUUAAUAUUAACAACAGAUUUCAAACUGGAAAUAAGAGGCAUUGUGAAUGCUUUCAUUUUGCCAUUGUUCACUCAAAGGGAUAAUUAACCCCCCCCCCAAAAAAAAAAAAAAAAAAAAAAAGUAAUUUACUCACCUUCAUUUAUAAACCUCUAUGACUUUCUACUGCAAAACACAAGAUUUUGAAUGACAUGAGGGUGAGUAAAUGAGGACAGAAUUUUCAUUUUUGAACUAUCCCAUUUUUGAACUGUUUCAUAGGAUAAUUUAUGAAAUGAGUAUGGCCAUGUUGAGGUCUCUUUGAGGUUAGUCUGGAAAAGUUCUGCAUCUAAGGUACAAGCCCACAUUCCUUGCAACAUCCUCAGUUAUGACAAAGCAUUUUUUUUUUUUUUUUUUUUUUUAAUUAUCACAUCGUGAAACAUAAUGGCACACUUUGUAUAUAAUGCAACAUCAAAUAUUAAAGGAAACAAUCUAAUUGACUUUGAAAA